AUGCGCUCCUCGUCCUUCCAGCCGCUGGCGCUGGCGCUGGCGCUCCUGGUGAUGCUGUUCUCCUACGGCAGCGCCUCGACCGCGACCGCCACGGCCGGCACCUAUGCCGGGCCCGACUUCGGCACCGACCAGGUCCUGAUUGAGACCGGCCCCAUUGUUGGUCUCACCAACGAGUAUGGCCGUACCUUCCGUGGUAUCCCCUACGCUAUGCCGCCCGUCGGCAAGGAGGGCCGCUGGAAGCCCGCCCGCCCUGCCAAGCCCUGGGGCUCUGUUCCCUACUUCGCGCGCGACUACCGCGCCGCUUGCCCGCAGAUCUGCGAGGAUGGUGUCACUCUCCCCCUCCACACCUGCCCCUUCCAGAUUAGCGAGGAUUGCCUGUUCCUCAAUGUUUACACCCCGCCUGUCGACCAGACCAACAGCACCCUGCCGGUGAUGGUGUACUUCCAUGGUGGUAACUUCCUGACUGGCGCCGCGAACACCCUGUAUGAUGGCAUGUUCCUGGCCGAGGCGGCCCACGCCAUUGUUGUGACCGUGCAAUACCGUCUCGGUGUCAUGGGCUUCCUGGUGGCCGACGCCCUGGAUGGUGGUGCCGUCAACAACAUCGGUAUCGAGGAUCAGCGUGAUGCCCUGCGGUGGGUCCAGCGCAACAUCGCGGCCUUCGGCGGCGACCCCAACAAUGUCACCCUCUUCGGUCAGUCGGCCGGUGGCCGGUCGGUCUCCGUGCACAUGACCUCCAGCGGCUCGGCUGGGCUCUUCCACCGGGCCAUCAUUCACUCGGACCCUAGCUCCAUCAUCUGCACCACGCAUGAGCAGGCCCUGGCCUUUGGCGAGCG